CAUAAAUGUGAUCAAAUUAGACGAUUGGGCGGCCCUCCUAUUAUUUCUUACUAAAAAGUGUUGAUGACCCAAACUCCUGCAAAUUGAACCACAAAUGUGUAUAACUCUUGUGAUUCAGAUUCAACAAGGAUUUUUCUAAGUCGACGUAUUCUCAGAAUCCAUGCCGUCAAUGUUAGAUUUUUGCAGUGUAGAUUUUUUUAUCAACCGCUAAAAUGAUUGCGCAGUAAAGUCAUAAGCGGACUAUUAGUGUUAUUUUUGUAAUUCCUGGAGAAGCUAAGGAUAUUCUAUUUACUGCUGCUACUAAUAAGAAAAAGGUCUUUCUGCUUUUCCAUUUCUUCAACAAAAAAAAUAAAAAAAUUCUGGUUUUUGAUUGAUCUGAUCUAAAAUUAGAUCAGAUAUUGAAGAAUAAAUGGCGGAAAAAUGUUUGGUAAAUAGUAGUUGUAAUAAUAGUAGUAAUAACACUUUCAGUUUAUACUGUUUUCAGAAGAGAACAACAAUACAAAGCAAUUUUAGAAAUGUUUCCACUAUUACUUGUUCUUCAUUCAAGAAGGGAUUUUAUAUCCGGAAUAAUGUUUCUCCUAAUCGAGCUUUUAAAAGCAUGGCUUACCAAGAGAAAUCCAGGUUUAUAAUAUUGGAGUCUUCGAAGCGUAAGAAAGUCCCUCUUUUUGUGAUGAUGCCAGAAGAUACAUUCGGGAUUGAUACCUCUGGAAAUGCAAAGAUAAAGAAAAUCAGAGCCAUAGCUGCGUCUCUUAAAGCACUCAAGUCGGCAGGCGUGCACGGAAUUACAGUCGAAGUAUGGUGGGGAAUUGUAGAGCGUUCUUCUCCAUCUGAAUAUAACUGGCAAGUUUAUGAGGAGCUGUUCAAGCUGAUAUCUGACUCGGGAUUGAAGUUACAUGUCGCAUUGUCUUUCCAUGCAAACAUGCAUUUAACAACUAAUGGGAAACAAGGUGUCAGUUUGCCAUUGUGGAUUAUGGAGAUUGGCCGUCUUAAUAACGAUAUAUACUACCGAGACCGGCAUGGAUUCUCAAAUCAUGACUAUCUCACACUAGGUGUGGAUCGUGUUCCUAUAUUUUGUGGUCGGACUGCCCUACAAUGUUACGAGGACUUUAUGUUGAGUUUCAAAAAAAAAUUUGAGCACCUUAUGGGAAGUAUAAUCAAAGAAAUAAGCAUUGGCCUUGGUCCUUCUGGUGAAUUGAGGUACCCUGCACAUCCCUCUAAUGAUGGGAGGUGGAGAUUUCCUGGAAUUGGUGAAUUCCAGUGCUAUGAUAAGUACAUGAUGGAAGACUUGGAAUUGGUUGCAUGCAUUGAGGGAAAACCUGAGUGGGGAUGCAAGGGACCGGAAAAUGCUGGUUGUUACAAUAGUGUUCCUGAUGGGGUCCCGUUCUUUGAAUAUGGGCCGGAAAGCUAUGUUUCAGAUUAUGGGCAAUUUUUUCUCGAGUGGUACAGUGGGAAACUUCUUCGCCAUGCGGAUGUAAUUCUUGAAAAAGCUGCAAAGAUGUUGGAGAAAUAUCAAAAUGACGGUCCAGAUUCUGUUUUGCUGGUUGCUAAAAUUGCUGUAGUAUACUGGUGGUACUAUACAGGCUCACAUCCAGCUGAGCUUACAGCAGGGUACUACAACACUCCUCUGAGGGAUGGUUAUGAUCCUCUAGCGUUGAUGCUAUCUCGUCAUGGAGCUGCUUUACGCGUUUCAUGCUUUGAAAUGAAUGACCAUGACAUGCCACGUGGGUAUCAUUGCGGUCCCGAAGGUUUACUGCAGCAGAUAUGGACUGUGUCGAAGGAAAGACUAGUACAGUUGACAGGUCAAAACGAGACUGAAAUCUUUGAUACGCAAGGUUUAAUGCAAAUAAUUGCAAACUGUUACAAUCCACACAGAGCAGGUGUAAAAUCAUUUACGUAUUCUAGGAUGAAUGCCAAGGUAUUCAUUCCUGAAAAUUGGAACAACUUUUCCCGCUUUGUAAGACAUAUGAACUUAGAGUAAAGCCACUGCCAGUGCCACUACAUACAGUAACACGCUCCCCACUUGAUUCCAUAAUUUUUCUUCGGAGAACGAAGCAAUGAUUUUUCUGUCCCUUGCAUUUUUUACAAAGGGUGAAACACAGAAGCCAAAUGUAACUACUAAAAGUACUUGGUUAGCAUAUGAGCAUCAUAUUCUGACAGAGAAAAAUAUAUUACUUGUAAUUCUUUUGACCUAUGUAUAUAUCUUUUUCAUGUAGUAGUACACUUGUGGGGUUUGUUA